UCAACCUUUAUCUUUCGAUAUAAAACUGACCUGUGCAGCUUUGUUUGAGAUAAAAAAAACCUCAGCAGUCAGCAGACUGUACAGGACAAAGACCUAGCUACUAUAUAGCUCAGUUCUUGAUCAUUGUGGACACACACACUGUUAUCUAUACAAAUGCUUCUUUGGGAGGAGUAAAACAAUGGAGGAGAACAACAAUGUCACUGGGAUAUCGAUCAAACCACUCCCACCUCUUGAUACCUUGUCCCGUAAGGAACUGAGGGACUUAGUCUCACCAGAGCCGACCGAUACAAGAUACAGUACCAGGAGACGCUCAUCGUUACACGAAGAGAGAGAGACCCUAACUUGCUGUACGUUUAGCAAUCGUUCGAAAGCCUACAAGAAUCUUUUAGGUACUAGUGCUUCAUUCAUUGUAGUUUUUGGAUCGUAUUUGGGUAUCUUAAGUCUGCAGAGCUCAAUAAAUUCAGAAGCUGGUCUAGGCUUAGCUUCAUCUGCUAUUAUCUAUGGGACACUCAUAAUUGCCUGUUUCUUUGGCCCUGGGAUGGUAAAACUCUUGGGUACCAAAUACUCCCUCAUUAGCGGCUACAUAUUAUUUUUUUGUUACACUCUCUGUAACUAUUACCCAUCCUGGUACACUCUAGUCAUUGGUGCCAUUUUGAAUGGUAUUGGGCAAGCCCCACUGUGGAUUGCUGUUUUUGGGCACCCCAUAGCCAUAGCACUACGAUACUAUGAAGACCUCAAAGAGACCCCAAAUCAUGCCAUAGCUUUCUUCACAGGGAUCAUAGCUGCGUCCAUAAAACUCGCUCAAAUAUUUGGAAGUCUCAUAUCCUCCAUCAUAUUAGUGAAUGUGGACAGCACGGAAAACAAUGGAGCAACAAACCUCACCAAUACUUCAACAAGCAAUGGAGAAUGUGUUGAUACGUUUGGUCCUCCUAUUGAGCCAGGCCCUAUAUACUACACGUUGAUUUCUGUGUACGCCUUGGCUGGUAUUAUUGGGACUAUAAUAGCAGCUGUGUUUCUUGAU